AUUCAUAUCCAUAUAUGAUCUAUCUCUGUCUAUCCAAAACAACCGUUGAUGCUAAAAAUAGCAUAUCAUAUCAUCUUCCCCACAAGUCACUCACAAAGAACAGCUCAAACCCUCGGACCAAAAUUACAUCUUACAUAGAUACACCAUUCAUUAUUCAUACAUGGCUUGUUCCCGCAUUCACUUCAACCUUAAUCUCCGUUUCCCCUCUGAUGCGGCACCAAUUGCUUCCACAUGUCACUCUCCCUCUCGCCUCUCUCUUUCCCUCUCGCACUCCCCUCUCUUCACAACAACACCAAAGGCAGAUAAUACCACUAAUUCUAAAAACAGUGAAUUGGAUAUUUUUAAUUUCCCAUUUAUUUCAUGCUUCAUUUAUUAUUUUAAUUAUUUUUUUAAUAUUGGGUUUGUUUGCUUUUCUUUGCUUUGCUCCCAUUUAUUACGUUGGAUUCGAUUCUCACGCAUGUUUAUUUAUAUACCCUCUUUUUAUUCGUUGUGUUGUGUUCUGUUGCUUUCUUUCUCCGCUCAGAUCGCUUAUUCCAGUGCUCCGCGGCGCACGUGUGGUGCGGUGUGCUCUCAGAUGACCAUGGAGGAGAAGCCUCUCUCUGAGAACCGAAUGCUCGUGUAUGUGCCUCCUCAUCCGUUGAUCAAGCAUUGGGUUUCAGUUUUGAGGAAUGAGCAAACUCCAUGUCCCAUCUUCAGAAAUGCAAUGGCUGAGCUGGGAAGGCUACUAAUGUAUGAAGCUUCAAGGGAUUGGUUGCCCACCGUUUCUGGAGAGAUUCAAUCACCAAUGGGUGUAGCCUCAGUGGAAUUCAUUGAUCCAAGGGAGCCUGUGGCUGUAAUUCCAAUCCUAAGAGCAGGCCUUGCUCUUGCUGAACAUGCAUCAUCGAUCUUGCCUGCAACAAAAACAUAUCAUUUAGGAAUAAGCAGAGAUGGGGAAACUCUUCAGCCCACUAUAUAUUUAAACAAGUUACCCGGGAAAUUUCCAGAAGGAUCUAAAGUUUUUGUGGUUGAUCCUAUGCUGGCAACAGGUGGCACUAUAGUGGCAGCUGUGAGCCUCUUAAAGGAACGUGGAGUUGGCAACAAGCAGAUUAAAGUGAUAUCUGCUGUUUCUGCCCCUCCUGCUCUUCAAAAGCUGAGCGAGCAGUUCCCUGGGCUUCAUGUGUAUACUGGAAUAAUUGACCCCGAAGUUAAUGAAAAAGGGUUCAUAAUUCCUGGCCUUGGAGAUGCUGGGGACCGUAGCUUUGGUACAGAUACAUGAAAAUUAUACGAAAUACCUCAUCACCUCUCCCUUGGGUGCCAUAUUUUACAAUUUUUGAGGCCCAAAAUUUGUCAUUAUUUUUUCGGAUGGAUACUGAAGUCUUGAUCAGUGGCACCCUUCCGGUUUACAAUUACAUAGGUGUUGGUCAUUAUUAUUAUUAUUAUUAUUAUGAAUUACACAGGUGUUGAAAGUUGAAACUCGUAACGUGAAAACUGGUUAGCAUGUUAAUUCAAAUUGUUUUUUAUAGCUUAAAUAUAUUUUGGAUCCCUUAAAUUUGGGGUCUUCUCUUUUA